AUGGAUCCGAAAAUACAAGAAUUGUUGGCUGAACUCGAGCGAGAAAGAGCUGAACGUGAGCGAGAAAGACAAUGGCGUCAAGAUGCGGAAGGUUCUUUCGACCAGGGUCGAAGCUGCAGAAGACGCCCGACUCAUACUAUAAACCUCGAGCGAAGAUCUGUGAAUGGGGUUCCUGUUGCGGUGCAAGCUGUUAGGCUGAGCGUUGUGCUGAGCUGGGCUAUGUAG